AAACGAUGCAAUUGCUUCAGUUAACCAUGGACAAGUGGAGAGGCAAGGUCGCUGUCGUGACAGGAGCCAGCUCGGGCAUUGGAGCCGCGGUGGCUCGGUCUCUGGUGCAUCACGGCAUGGUAGUUGUGGGCCUGGCUCGUAGAGAUGAUAGAAUCAAGCAACUGUCAGAGGAACUGGCCGCAGCCAAGGAGCCCGGACAGCUGCACGCAAUACGAGCAGACGUCUGCAAGGAGGAGGACUUGUUGUCCGCGUUUGACUGGGUGGACCGGGAACUCGGAGGUGUGGAUGUGCUCGUCAACAACGCUGGAUACUGGAGUCACGUGGGCAUUGAUGAUGGGACGGUGGAGUUGUGGAAUAAGAUCCUGAAUACCAAUGUGAUAGGUUCCUCAAUCUGCUCCAGGGAAUAUCUCAAGUCUGUGGAAAAACACAAGAAGGAAGUGGGUCACAUAUUUGUGGUCAACAGUGUGGUAGGACACAUUGUGAUGGUAGAUUCUCCCAUGUACUGCGCUUCUAAACAUGCGCUUCGUGCCCUCAGCAUGUGUCUGCGCCGGAAACUAGCUGACCAGCAGAGCAAGAUAAAAGUCACCGACAUCUGCCCUGGUCUGACUAAGACCGAGAUCCUUGACAACACUACUCGUCAGGAUAUGUUCGACCACAUGUCAUGCCUCGCAUCUGAGGACGUGGCUGCCGUCAUUGUUGACUGUUUGUCUGCAUCUUCUGUCACUCAGAUUUGCGAAGUCGUUAUGAAUCCUGUGCCUACUUCGAUUGCUGCAUACUGAACGUCGCAUUUACAGUCUGCAUCUUACAAAUAAAUCUAAAUAUAAUAUAUACUUAAAACUAGGCUAGCUUUAAAUAAACUACUUGUUUACAAAACUCA